AACGGAACGCAUAUAUUAUUACAUUGGAAAAGAUGUUCGAAUUCAGUCGAAGAUAUGCUCACAAGUUGAAUAUCGAAUAAUUGAAUUGAAUUUGCAUUUAUAUAUUUAUUUAAUCUUUCUAAUUGAUUUUACAGGAGUAUAUAAAUAGCACAUCUUCAUCUGCCAGUUGCUGCAAAUUUUAUUCAACUAACAUUACUUUAAACGAAGAAAGUAGUUUGAAGUUUAAAAACUCCACUUUCCAAAUCUGUAUAGAUAUUUUUAACAACUAUCAAUCAAAGCAUAUGUUCCUCCACCUUCUUUCCUCGUUUAGAAAUUUUAAGAAUUAUUCUCUCUCUACUUUCUCUCUCUAAAUAUCUCGGCCAUGGUGGCCUGCGAUUACUGCGGCGACCGGCCGGCCAUACUCUGCUGCCGCGCCGACAGUGCUAAGCUCUGCCUGUCAUGUGACCAGCACGUGCACUCCGCCAACGCCCUCUCCAAAAAGCAUCUCCGCUCCCAGAUCUGCGAUAACUGCGCCGCCGAGCCCGCCGCCGUCCGAUGCGCCACCGACGGCCUCGUCCUCUGCCAGGAGUGCGAUUGGGAUGCGCACGGCGGCUGCGCCGCGUCCGCCGCGCACGAUCGGUGCCCCAUCGAGGGCUUCUCCGGUUGCCCCUCGGCUUUCGAUUUGGCGUCGGCCUGGGGUUUGGAGAUUGAGGAGAAGAAGAAGAAACACGACGCCGCGGCGGCGGCGGCGGCGGCGUAUGAGUGGGGUGGGUUGCUGGAGGAGCUGAUGGUGCCGAAUGCAAAUUCGGUGAUCUAUUCGGAUUGCGGCGGUGAAUUGAUGAAGAAGAAGAGCCCGAGCUGCGGGAAGCAGAAGCAGGUGAUUUUGAAGCAGUUGAUGGAGUUGUUGGCGGAUGGCGGCGGCGGCGGCGGCGAUGGUGAGGACGUGCGGCCGCGGACUCCGAGCAGCGGUGGCUGGCAGCAGCAGCAGCAGGAUAACUUCUGUGAACAGUACGAGGAGCAGAAGCAGCAGGAGCAGGAUGGAGGAGGGUUUAUGUCGAUGCUGAAGAUGCAGACGUCAGCGAAUCCAAAGGAAGAAGGCGAUAUUUUCUGGAACUCAACCACAUCUGAUCACAGCACUCAGAUCUGGGACUUCAAUCUGGGACAGUUGAGGGGAAAUGACGAAUCUAGCAACCUAGAAAUAGACUACGGCGGAAGUGACAUGCUCUACACUAUGAAUAAUUAUGGAGAAAUUCUGAAAGAAGCGUCCUUGUCGAAGAGAAGAGGAGUCGACUGUAUUGCGAAUGAGGAUAUAAAUAUAAUUCCCUUUAGUAAUGCUUCGAAUAACCAGACAACGAGUCAGGUUCCCACCGCAACAUCGGAGAGCAACAAUUUAGCUGUACCAUGUUCGGGUUUUCCGAAGAAACUGAAAAGCUACGGUGGCUCGAAGGAUAUCCAGUUCAUGGAUCACUCCAUUUUAAUGAAAACUGAAGGUACCACCACCACCACCACCACCACCACCGCUGCUCCUUCAAUAACAAAGGAGGAUGUCGAGCUUCUCGCAAAGAAUAGGGACAACGCAAUGCAACGUUACAUGGAAAAGAAGAAAACACGGAGGUACGAGAAGCAUAUAAGAUAUGAAUCAAGAAAAGCAAGAGCCGAUACUAGGAAGAGAGUCAAGGGCAGAUUCGUCAAAGCUAGUGAAGCUCCCACAGGAUGACUAGUUUGCGAGCUAGCUAGCGCAUAGGUGAAUUUCGAAUUUUGUCACACUAUAUAUAUGUACAUUAUUGUUACUUGGCCUUUAUAUGUAUAAUUUCACGAUAGCCACCACGGUCCUCUAUUCCGAACAAGAUAUUAUUGUGGGAUUUUUUAUCUUGUUUACGUUGUGUCGUGUCAUCAUGCCAAAUUCGUUGGAUGCUAAUGUGCAGUUUAUUAUUAGUUUUGUACUCGGUUAACGUUUUAUGAUUUGAGACGAGAGCAAAUCUUAUUAUUUAUAAUCACUUACUUCUUC